ACCUCAUGGUUCCUAGUCGGAUUUGUUAAUCACUGCACCACGAUGGGAACUCCACUUAAAGGUUUCUUAAAACUGCAAGAAUAUAUUCAUCGUAGAGUGGCAGGCCCAUUUAUUAUUCAUUUUCUGAAAAUUGCAUCUUUUGAUCUGCUAAAAGGUAAAAUGUAGCUUUAGAGACGUUUUAUUCAUGAUGAUGCAUUGAUUUCCAGUGUGUUUCAUCUCAUCAGAAUAUGCUGCUCAUUGGGGCCCACCUUCUGAAAAUAUUCCCCUCCCCCAGUCCCCACUCCUGUCCCUCACUUCUCAGAGCCUUAAGUGUGUCCAGGCUUCUCCCCUCCCAGCCCAUCAUGUGCCUCCCCUGCUCAAUAUGUGUUCAGUCCCACCACAUUACCUACAGCAUGAAGUCCAAGUUUCUUUCAUGAUACUUGAAGGCUUUCUAUAGUUAAUUCACAACUCUUCUUCCAAGCCUUCUCUUUCUGUCACACUUCAGAUGACCUGCUCUCAGCCAAGCCAGACCACCUGCCCUGUGUUCUCUACUGUAUUCUUUGUUCACUGUUGCCUGAAGCACGUCUGGUCCUGUCCCAUCCUGGGCAUCUUCCAAGGGCCAGCUCACAGUGUCCAUUCCGUGCAGCAUUUCCUGAUUUCUGCCGAGCUCCCAGAGUCCUCCUUAUUUCCUGGCCUUGAGUGAACUACUUUCAAAUAUUUCUGCACAUGUGUAGGGUAGAGGACAUAUAUUCCACAUCACUUUAAUGCAUGGAUGUGGCCGAGUAAUUAAAAGUCCAAGUCCCAACCAUGAACCAUAACACUUAGGUGUCUGUACUAAUAAUGGAGUUUGUUUUAAUUAAUGCAAAUAAAAUAAAUACUUAUCUCUUUGCAAAUUUGAAUUAAAUCUGAUUGUGAAACCGUAACUUCAGGCCUCUGGGUUUCUAAACCAUGGCUGCACACUGGAAUACCCUGGGGAGUUUUACUGAUGCCUGGGUCCACCUCCCUCCCUCCCAGAGAACUGUCAUGGCAUUGACCUGGGCUGUGGCCUGGCAUUGGGAUUCUUUAGAGCUUCCCAAGUGAUUCUAACAUGCAGCUCAGGUUGAGACCAUCUGCAUUAGUGUUUCAAACCUCAGAGUCCACUUCCACAUAUGAACUUAUACAGACAGAAGGUGAGCGCUUAUACUUACAGAAUAAAUUUGUGGGUUUUUUUCAUCCUAUUAAAUCAGAAAAUGUCUGAAACUUGAAUUAAGAUAUUCUGCUUAACCAAAAAAGGCUCUCUGUGGCAAAAAAAGUAAUCUUUCUAAUAUCAGCACUGGAUAAAAAUUACUUUGAAUGUAAUUAAAGAAUGCAUUUUAUCUGUUUUUCAUGUGAGAUUAUAGUAUAUUUUUAUAUUGGAAUAAAAUAUAUAUGUCAAGCUUUCAAAGUAACCAACAGUAGAAGUCCUCUAUAAGAAUUCCGAAGACUGCUAGGGUAGACAGGAAUUUAAAUAGUUAAAGACUAUAUCUAGGGAGUUCCCUUGUUGUCUAGUGCACUUAUACCACUGCAGCCUGGGUUCAGUCCCUGGUCUGAGAACUGAAGUCCCACAUCAAGCAGUUGCAUCCUGCAGAAAAAAAAAAAUCUAGGUUUAAGGAAAACAGGCAACUCUGGUAUUCUAAAUCUUAAUAAUUGCUGGCAAUACCAUAACCAAGAAUAAAUAUUUUUGCAUGUUAAAAAAUUCAUAUAUUUUUACUCAAGAGCAGAUUUUAACAUAGUCUAUUGACUUCCAGAAACAAUGCAACAUUGAAUGAACUUACACUGUUUUGUUUUUUUUUGGGGGGGGGGUCUUUGGUUGAUUUGUUUGUUUCCUUUUUCCUAGACUGCAUUGUUUUCAUCAUUUCCAGGCUCAUCCAGAAAAGGUUACCCUGGAAUGGUGGUCAGCCUUUAUACUCAUAGUACUGCUGCCCUCCUGUGGACUUUUAAGGCAUUUGACAAGUCACUUCCUUAGUUCAAACUGUCAUCUUUCAGAGGUUUUAGUCAUUGCUGAGUCCCAGAAGCCAUUUUUAUUUUCUUUUAAUUAAUCAGCUAUUUUCUGCUUACCUUCUAGGAAAUUAACUUUUGAAAAAGGGCUAACCUCUGACCCAUUCAGUAUUGAUAGGCACUUAUUGUGCACCUAGUGUAGGUCUAGAAAUGCCUCAAAACUAGAGAUACAGCAAGAAAAUAUCCCUGCCCUAUGCAGCUUGCCAAAAAAAUUGGGAACUAAUCUCAGAAUCUUUCAAAUGGAGUCUGAGUUGGGCCAAAUUAAAAUAAGUUAAAGAAACCUAUGUGAAAAUCUUCAAUUAUUUUUAGAACAACUUGAUGAGCCCCAGGUGUAGAAAUUUCACUGAUUUUAGUAAAGUUUCCGUAAAAACCCAACUUCUGAAUCGAAUCUGGCACCUAUAACUAGGAAUAUAAUAACUAGCCAUAUUUCUUUCCCUGCCUUUUAAAUAUUCUCAGGGUAUAAAAAAAAUCUUACUUUUAAGCCUAAAAAUAGCAGAAAUUUUUUCAUUUUCUUGCUAUAUAAUAUGCAUAUAAUAUUGUGUGCAGAUGGUUGCAGAGAACAACAAAUGGAUUUUGUCAUUUCACAAAUUAUUGACCACCUUGAGCCACAGAACAUUGUGGUUACAUAAUUCUUUCACAACUGUAAGAGUGGAAAGAAAUGACAAUUUCCCUCUCAUUGUGUCUCCUUUCACUGCCUAAAAUCUCCUUUGCUUGUGUUAUCAUGAAGCGUCUGGAUUUUAUAGCCCAAGAUACAAGGUGUUUAUCACACCCAUACCUGGUGUUUUAUAUGUUCUGCCAAGUAUUCCAAAAAUUGUGUUGCUUUGAGAGGAAGAGGAAAUUCCACAAUUUGCUUAUCCCAGAUGAUCUUUAGCAUUUCUCAGAUAUAAAAUUGUUUAUAUGUAUAUAGAAUUUUUAAUUCCAACUGACGUAUUUGAGGUUUAUAGUGAAAUUUUCCAUUUCCUCACCAUCCUCUUGUAACCUAGCAGGACAGACACUUUGGAGCCUUCUGGUGGCAGGCCCUUCCCCCACAGCCUCUGCUUUAGCUCCUCUCUGAAGUACAAUCUGUAUCCUUUUGGAGGUUUACAGAAACAUCCUGACCUGAUCUCUGUGAACAGCUACAAGAACAAAGGAUUACUCCUCUAAUAAGUUUCCAAUAACCAACCACACCCCUCCCUCACUUUGCCUUUAAAAACAUUUUGUAGGUUUGGCUGGGGGAUUUUGGGAUAUUCAUGGGCGGGAGCCAUCCAUCUCUUUGCAUGGCUAUGAAAUAAAACUUUCUCUGCUCCAAACUCAGACAUUUUUGGUUUGUUUAGCCUCUCUGUGGAUCGGGCACCAAGACUAACACUCUCAUAUCUUAACUCUGUUGAUACAGGCUCUAGCCUGCCAUUCUAUGAACAAAAUGGCACUGGAAAUAAAGGUUUGAGAAGCCUGUGAUGAUCCACCAAGAUUUGAAAGUAUGAGGUUCCAGGGUGCCCUACAACUCACUUAUAGACCUGGGGACCGUGCACAAUAUGAAUGUCGCCUAGGUUUCCAUCCCAUGGUUCCUGCCCUUCCCACCACUUCUGUUUGUCAGGAUAAUAACACAUGGUCACCUCUCCAGGAGGCUUGUAGAAGAAAAUCGUGUCCUAAUCUAGGAGAUCCUGUAAAUGGCCUUGUUAACUACAUCAACGGAAGUAGACUGUUUGGUUCACAUGCUCAGUAUGAGUGUAAUGAGGGUUUUUCCCUAAUUGGAGCAAAUAUUCUACAUUGUGAAAUUUCUGGAAAUGGUGUGGCCUGGAGUGAUCUUCCCCCAAUAUGUGAAAGGAUUUUUUGUGGAACACCUGCAAAUAUAACAAAUGGACAUUUCACUGUUUACAAGGAACAGUAUGAAUAUAAUGAAUUAGUAACUUAUAGAUGUGAUCCUUCAGAUGAAUCAGAUGAAUAUUCACUUAUUGGAGAUCCCCUUCUUCUUUGUGUGGGACAUGACAGAUGGAGCAGUGACCCUCCUGAGUGCAAAGUGGUCAAAUGUAACUAUCCAGUUAUCCGAAAUGGAGCAAUGAUAUCAGGAUAUAGAAUUAAAUAUUACUACAAAGCAGAAGUUGUGUUCGAAUGUAACGAGGGUUUUAUCCUUCUUGGCAACAACACAAUUGUCUGUGGUGCAAACAGUACUUGGGAGCCUGAAAUACCAUCGUGUAUUGAAGGGUCUUCUGCCACUACGACGCUUUCAACGUCCAGUGUCUCAGGUCCUCCGUCUAUUCUUGGAACUACAACUUCAGUGGCAAAUUAUCCAGGUUCUCACUCUACUCAUCGAACUACAACCCCAAUGCCAAAUCAUCCAGACCAUCCCAGUCCAGUUGAUGAAUUAGAACCUGAACAUUUUGAGGCUAUAGAUGAAGAAUUCAUUGCUGUGAUUGUUCUCACUGUACUUGUUGCUGUUGCAGUAGUUGGUGCCUGCAUAUACAAAUUUUCUUCACGGCGGGAGAGAGAGUAAAUUAAAGCAUGUUUCUUUAAUUUGUUGGUCCUUCUCACUCUUAACAUACUUCUGUGCAGUUUUAUUUGUACUGCGCAUUACACGGCUUAUUGUUUAAUGUACCUGCAUGUAUAUGUCAUUCACACUGCCUUCCUUUACGCAAAAUAUUUUCAGCUACCUUUCAUAUCAACUCAACAAGGGUAAUCGGUGCAGGUCUCAUCAGACUUUUUGACGUAAAAAAUUUUUCUGAGUGCUACAGCAGCUCAUGGACUGUUAUGGGCCCUUCCCUACACUAAAUGUAGCCUACCUCAUAGAUUGGACUAAUGGCCAAGAUUAAAUUUAAAAUGGUUUGCUGUGGAGACUUUGAGAGCUGAAAUCACUGCAGUUUUCAUGGUGAAAGUUUCAUUUGUUUGUAUAACUUGAAUAGUUGUAAGAAGAUGCAUAGUUGUCUUUAUUUAUGUAUUUACUUAUUUAUUUAUUUUGCUUUUUAGGGCUGUACCUG